AUGAGGAAGUGCAGGACUUCUUGUACUGUGCGGGACGGUGCCGUCCUUCCAACAGAUAAGAGGUUUUCCUGUACUGAGUGCGGGAAGUGUUUUCGUUUCCACUCCAGACUCAUUGUGCAUAAAAGAUCCCACACGGGGGGAAAGCCUUAUUCCUGUCCUGAGUGCAGGAAAUGUUUUUCAGUGAAGUCCAGUCUUCACACUCAUCAGAGACUGCAUACGGGGGAGAAGCCACAUUCCUGCCUUGAGUGCAGGAAAUGUUUUUCAUAUAAGUCACAUAUUUGCAGACUGAAAUUGCACACAGUUGAGAAGCCGUUUUCCUGUUCUGAGUGUGGGAAAUGUUUUGUACAAAAAUCAGAACUUGUCACACAUAAGAGGUCUCACACAGGGGAGAAGCCGUAUUCCUGUCCUGAGUGCGGGAAAUGUUUUUCGCAAAAGUCCAAUCUUCAAAGACAUCAGAUAUCCCACAAGGGUGAGAAACUGUAUUCCUGUCCUGUUUGCGGAAAAUGUUUUGCACAGAAGUCCAAUCUUUCCACACAUCAGAGAUUGCACACAGGGAAUAAGCCGUACUCCUGUCCUGAGUGUGGGAAAUGUUUUUCAGAGAAGUCACAUCUCUGCAGACAUCAGAAAUUGCACACAGGUGAGAAGCCGUAUUCCUGUUCUGAGUGCGGGAAAGGCUUUGUAGAAAAAUCACAAGUUGUCAAACACCAGAGAUCUCAUACGGGGGAAAAGCCGUAUUCCUGUCCUGAGUGCGGGAAAUGUUUUGUACAAAAAUCAGAACUUGCCAAGCAUCAGAGAUCUCACACGGGGGAAAAGCCGUAUUCCUGUCCUGAGUGCGGGAAAUGUUUUUCACAGAAGUGCAGUCUUUCCAGACAUCAGAGA